AGACCUCAUACCACUGUCUGGUGUCUAAACCCCCCUGGAUCUCCUUAUAGACACAAAGCCACCACCGCUGCCCAGUGUCUGAACCCGAUCUGGAUCUCCUCAUGGAUACAGAGCAGUCUCACCGAUGACACAGAGGUUACACAGGUGACACAGCGUCAAACAGGCUGGGACAAGUGCCUUAAUAUGAUGUUUGAAUAGUGGGUAAUGGCUGAUAUUCAGCAAGUGUUAUUUUUUCAGCUGAUCUUCUGCAAUGUUAUUUUUCUGUUUGCUCAGGGAGAGCAGUCAACUAUCAAUAUAUUUUGUCUGAUUAUUUAACACCUUUGAUGUAAAGAAAAUAACUUUUGAUUUGGAGAGAUAUGCCAGAUGGCCAGUCUGCCCCUGCUGGGAAAGCUCUAUUUUUGUUUUUGAGUUUCAUUGAAUAAAUGUUAUUUGUUUAUACAAGGCUUUCAUUAUCUAUCGCUUUUCUCUGAAUAAUAAGAUAAAAAAGAUUUAGACAGAAUUAAUAAAAAUAGAGUUAGACAUUGUGUUAAUUUAGCCAAUUCAUGUAUGAAUUCAGAAUACUCUAUGGCUGCAUUUAGACAGGCACCCCAAUUCUGAUAUUCUUUUCACUAAUUGGUGAUUGGUCAAAAGACAAAUUAGUGGAAAAAAAAAUAGGCUGCCUGUCUAUAUGCAGCCUAUGUGAUUCACCUGAAUCCUGUCAUAAGACCAGUGGAGGCUGCUGAGGGAGGAAUGCUCAUAAUAAUGGCUGGAAUGCAGCAAAUGGAAUGGCAUCAAACCAUGUGUUUGAUGUAUUUGAUAUCAUUCCACCAAUUCCACUCCAGCCAUUACCACAAGCCCGUCCUCCCCAAUUAAGGUACCACCAACCUCCUGUGCAUAAGACCGAAUGGAAUGACGAAGAAGCAGUGGCUUCAAAGGGGAUUAGGAUACUGUUGAGUAGGGCUCAAAACUGUAGCCCGGUCACCCAGUCCAUGCAGGGUAAGCCAUACCUCCCCCGUUUUCACUGCUUCCUUCUGUGCCGUCCCUUCUUUCUGUGUGAGUGUGCUGUGAGUAUGUGUUGAUGACUGAAAGUGUGCUUUAGUGAGAUCUCCACAGCCAUACAUUCCUCUCAGUUCACAUUAAAGUGGCAAUCUGCAGUUCAAACAAUAACAAAGCGGCCACCCAGCCACCAAUGGUCAGUCCUUGUAUCUAAAGCUCUCAAUGAGUUUGAGUGGUUACAUUUCUCCAGCCCCCUCCCUCAGCUGUUUACCUAAUCCAUGUUUUAAGGCUAUACAGUGUUUGUUCCAAUUUACAUUGUUUACAAACAAAGGAGUAAAACAAGCAUAUAUAGUUUGUUCUGAUGGGGAACGGCAGCUCAUGAGGCAUCAAUAAGUUAUAUUCUUCAAAAAAUUAAUGGGUAUACUUCAUUCAUUUAAAAGUCUAAAAAUGGAUGUAGCAACUGCAGAUUGACACUUAGGGAGGGGUUAGUCUCAUGAAAAUGUGAGUGUGCGCUCAUGUGUGAGACACAAACUGCUGGCAGGUGUGAAACAGUUUUAUGGUGAGAGGCAGCAUCAAGAAGAAAGAAUAUCACCACCCUGAUUGGAGACAGACGAGCUUCAGAUGGAAGUGAGAUCCGUGUAAUGUUAUGGCGUUUGCAUGUAUUUGAUCUGUCUUUGCAUCGUAAAGUAGUAAACUAAAUAGCUACUACCUUGUGCAUGCUUGCAUUGUUGGUUGCAACUGUGUUUUUAUGUUAACAGUGCAGUGAAUUGUCUUCUCUUUUUUAACAUCUUGUGAUAUUGUAGAGCAUUUUAACAUUUUUUGCUUGUUGAAUUGUGUAGAUUUGAAUGGAACUUUUCAGAUGCCAUAAUUACAUCAGAGGUUAUUGAAGCUAAAUAUGUGUGGCAUGUGUUUUUCUCUUCACCUCACCCUGGAAUGAUCUUCAGAGUUAUGUUUCAUUGAGUUCUCGCUCUUUGUACAUUGCAAUAUAUAAUCAUUUAGUAUAAUCUGACUGUAAUAUUUUCUUUUAUAUAAAUUUUCAGUUUAGUCACCAAACACCUUGAUUCACUGGGGUGUAAUGCCCACUGGGAUAUGGUACAGUUAAUCUGCUUCAUGAAACAACUCAAAGUAUAUUUGCCAUCAAAUGAAGACACUAUAUCAAAGCGCCUGACUGAGCAAACCAUGCCUUAUUCAUUUCCAGAGGCUUUUAUGUAUGUAGAUACAGUACAUGUGUAAGAAAGCCAAAGUAAAGAUGCUAACAACCCCAGUGCCAUGGCUUUUGUUUCACAGCUCUUGACCUGUUCUGCCCGUUGCUAUGCAACUCAAAGCCCAACGUACUAGGCAUUACCUCAGUUCAGCCUCUCCUGGUCUUUCAGACAUGAGUUACAUUUUCUAUUAAAGGUUUAAGAGUCCCUCACCGUGCUCUUUUCUGUUUUCACAGAAAACCGAAAUGUCCUUUUUUUCUGUGUUUUGGCUUAAGGCUGAGUUCUUAUCCUUUUUGCUCUUUUCUUCAACUCAACCACCAUGUUUCAGAGGUGGUUUGGAUUUUCAAUAUGAGCGUUAUAUUGUUGACUGUCUUUUCUUAAUGCAUAGACACUUUAUAUAUUUGUUGUUACUUUGUCAUAGUCCAGUGGGAUUAGUUAGUAUAAUUUCUAACACUUCACUGGAAAGGAAAGUGGGAUACCUAGUCAGUUGUACAACUGAAUGCACUCAACUGAAAUGUGUCUUCCGCAUGUAACCCAACCCCUCUGAGUCAGAGAGGUGCCGGGGGCUGCCAUAAUCGACAUCCACCUGGACACAUGAAUGUAUUUGUUUAUAAUAUGAAUAUAAAUUGCUCUCUGCUGGAGAGUAAUAAGUGGAUAUGACAACAGGGCUUAAAUAAUAACGCAGGAGGAUAUUUUUGAGUGUCAUCUGCUACAUAGUAAACACCCUUUUCAUUAGCCUAGUACUAAAGGAGCUAUUAAUUUAGCUAUGGUCAUGCAGAUUUCUUGUGGACAUACUGUAUUGCAAAAUAUUUUUAAAUGGGUACAGUGUUUCUAUGGACGUAUGUGUUUAUCAUAAAUUCUCCGAGGGUGUCUCAGGGGGAGUUGGUAUAUGCAAAAAAGACUUAGGACAAAUAUAAGCAGCCACUAAACAAAAAAUAUUUUAUAUUACAGUUAAUUCAUCUUGUGUGUCCUAGCAUGUGGCUGAGCCUUCUUUCUGGUUAGAUCGACGGAGCAGCUUUCCUAUUUGCUCUCUACCGCUAGGUGAUCCCCACAGCUAUGCAGUAUCAUGGAAGACUGGCACUACUGUGGCAUGAAGUCAUCGUGGAGUGUGCUCUUGACACUUUGACCGGGACAUCACGUCCUCAGGCAGUGCAGAGGAAUGCCGCUGUGGUAGACCCCCAGAGUGUGAUCACAGCCAUCGACCACUUCUGCAAACAUAGAGAAUGGGCCAUGAAUGUGUGCGAGGAGAAAGGCUCCAUUCCGGACUCUGUGGUCAAUGGUGUCUUGGAGUUAGGCACUUACUGUGGGUACUCAACAGUGUGAAUAGCUCGCCUAUUACCCCCUGGCGUCAGUGUCAUUACCUUGGAGUUCAACCCAGAUUAUUCUGACACUGCUCGUCAAGUCAUCAGAUGGUCAGGACUGGAGGAGAAGAUGCAGCAAGUGGAGGGAGCCUCAGGAACUUGGAUCCCUCGAUUGAAGGAGCAUUUCGGGGCCCAGGCGUUUGACUUAGUUUUCCUGGACCACUGGAAAGAUCGCUACCUUCCUGACACAAAACCUCUGAAGGAGUGUGGUCUCAUACAGAAAGGCACAGUGAUGCUGGCAGACAAUGUCAUCUGUCCAGGAACCCCUGACUAUCUGUAGUACGUCUGCAACAGCUCUCACUACAACAGCCACUACUACAGAUCACACCUGGAGUACACUAAAGCAGAGAACGUCCUGGGGAAGUCUGUGUUCUUAGGCUACUAGCCAAACAGCGAGCAUCUUGCUUUAAAACACCAACUCUCUCUUGAUAAAACAUUUUGGGUUAGUUUCAAUUCAAAGUGCCGCCUUAUGACAAGCUGUAACUUACUGUGCUAAGCAUUUCUUUAUCUGUAGAACUGAUGUUAUCUAGAGUAAGCAAAUAUGUCUUUGAAAAACUAUUUCUACUUGUGUUUUGACAUUGUCACAAUGCUGUCUUGCUAUGCAAAUGAUGAAAAUACCAUCAGUUUUACAGCUGCAGAAUUACAGUAGUGUGAUGUCUUUUUCAAACAUGGAUUUGAUACACUAGGUGGCAGUGGUGUGCCUUUUUAGAUAUUCAAUCAGACAACUGAAAAGCAGCAUGCAGUGGUCCCGUCAUAACUUCAUAGCAUUUAUAGCCUUCUUUCCGGUGUAGGUAGACAGAAAAUGGUCUAAAGUCUUACACCAUAUCGAGGACCUUAAAAUAAUUAUUAAUAUUUUGUUUUGACACUGUAUCAGAUCUAGAUUGAGUUAUUAAAGGUUCUGUGAGAAAGGUC